ACGACUAUUUAGGGAGCUACCCGCUCUCUUUGCAUUCAGCAAAAUUCAUUUCACAUUCCACAGAUCUCACUCCCUCGUCUCUCGGAAAUCUCAACGCGCGAUCUACAGGGAACCAUAACAAGGGAAAGAAUGGUGAAGAUCUGCUGUAUUGGAGCUGGAUAUGUGGGAGGCCCUACAAUGGCCGUGAUAGCACUCAAGUGCCCUGAUAUUGAGGUGGCUGUUGUUGAUAUUUCUGUCCCUCGCAUCACUGCCUGGAAUAGCGAAACACUUCCUAUAUAUGAGCCAGGACUUGAUGAGGUAGUGAAGCAGUGCCGGGGCAAGAACCUAUUCUUCAGCACAGAUGUGGAGAAACAUGUGUUUGAGGCUGACAUAGUAUUUGUGUCAGUCAACACUCCCACUAAGACUCGGGGUCUUGGAGCUGGCAAGGCUGCAGAUUUGACAUAUUGGGAAAGUGCAGCACGUAUGAUUGCUGAUGUAUCUAAAUCUGACAAAAUCGUGGUUGAGAAGUCUACGGUUCCGGUCAAAACUGCUGAGGCCAUCGAAAAAAUCUUGACACAUAACAGCAAGGGAAUUAAUUAUCAGAUCCUUUCUAACCCAGAAUUCCUUGCUGAGGGGACUGCAAUUAAAGAUCUUUUCAACCCAGACAGGGUUCUCAUUGGAGGCAGGGAAACACCAGAAGGGAACAAGGCAGUUCAAGCACUUAAGGAUGUUUAUGCACAUUGGGUUCCUGAAGAUCGCAUCCUCACCACUAACUUAUGGUCAGCAGAACUGUCAAAGCUUGCCGCAAAUGCAUUCUUGGCCCAACGUAUUUCAUCAGUGAAUGCAAUGUCAGCUCUAUGUGAAGCCACCGGAGCAGAUGUUUCACAAGUGGCAUAUGCUGUUGGAACAGACUCCAGAAUUGGCCCGAAGUUCCUCAAUGCCAGUGUUGGUUUUGGUGGUUCCUGCUUCCAGAAGGACAUUCUGAACUUGGUUUAUAUUUGUGAGUGCAAUGGUCUCCCUGAGGUUGCAGAAUACUGGAAGCAAGUAAUCAAGAUCAACGAUUACCAGAAGAACCGAUUUGUCAACCGACUUGUCUCAUCCAUGUUCAACACAGUUGCCAACAAGAAAAUUGCCAUCUUGGGUUUCGCUUUCAAGAAGGACACUGGUGAUACUAGAGAGACUCCUGCUAUUGACGUCUGCAAAGGACUCCUGGGGGACAAGGCCCAACUCAGCAUCUAUGAUCCUCAGGUCACCGAUGAGCAGAUCCAGAGGGACCUCUCAAUGAACAAGUUCGACUGGGACCACCCCCUUCACCUUCAGCCAAUGAGCCCGACCACAGUGAAGAAAGUUCACACCGUCUGGGAUGCCUAUGAGGCUACCAAGGAUGCACAUGCCGUCUGCAUCCUGACUGAAUGGGAUGAGUUCAAGAAGCUUGACUUCAAGAGGAUAUACGACAACAUGCAGAAACCCGCAUUUGUUUUCGACGGAAGGAACGUUGUCGAUGUCGAAAAGCUCAGGGAGAUUGGUUUCAUUGUUUACUCAAUCGGCAAGCCACUGGAUGCAUGGCUGAAGGACAUGCCUGCUGUUGCCUAAAUGUCAUCAGAGCGUUGGACGAGAUGCUUUGUGUUGGAGCUGGAGAAGUACAAUUUAUUCUUUGCUUCUUAUGUUGUCGUUUAUAUAUUGAAUCUGUCUUGGUUUUUGUGUCUAGCACUCUGUAGUAAGAAGGUUCUCACAUUGUAUCAUUGAUGGUAUUACUUUUGUAUUCUACCGAUCUUCUCCUGAUAGGCCUAUCACUUGUGAUGUUAGGUUGCACUUUUAUCUUAUGUAACGUACUGUGCUUCCAAGUUUUUAUGUAACGCCGAAAUUCGGAUUCUGUA